GUUACCACAUCUCCCCGGCCCUGUUGCUCUCUCGCUCACAUACGCCGGCCCUACAGACCGCGAGCACUUCUGCACCUUCCAGGCUCACUGAUUCUUCUCCUCCGCCUGUGUCUCUCAAUCUCUCCCUCACCUCACCCCAUCCUACCCCGGAGGGCUGUAGCAGUCUUGUGGGGAGGGGGGGUACAGACUGACCCCACCAUGUUUCUGGUUCUCGUAGCGACGGCCGAGCUGAGGGAGUUCCUGGCCAAGGCCAGGUGCGGCGCGGUACGUCUCAUCAAGGUGGUCAUCAGGAACGAGCAGCUGGUGCUCGGGGCGUAUCGAGAGCCGUCACAAACCUGGGACCGGGACUACGACCACUUUCUGCUUCCUCUGCUCGACCCCCUGGAGCCCUGCUACGUCCUAUACCGCUUGGAUUCCCAGAAUGCACAGGGCUAUGAGUGGCUCUUCAUUUCCUGGUCACCUGACCAGUCACCGGUGAGGCAAAAGAUGCUGUAUGCUGCAACUCGUGCCACCGUAAAGAAGGAGUUCGGUGGAGGCCAUGUCAAGGAUGAAAUGUUUGGCACGGUGGAGGAAGACGUCUCGUUCCAAGGGUAUCUGCGUCACAUGUCCUCGUGCUGUGGCCCUGCACCCCUGACCGCUGCUGAGCAGGAGCUGCAGCGGAUUAAAACUAAUGAGGACAGAGUCGUGCGGGAUGAGCGAAGGAGAGCCCCCACACCUUUAGGCCGUGUAAAGGUGAAGGCGGAGAUCAGCAUGGAGAGCAAGCACCAAACCAUGCAGGGCCUGGCCUUCCCGCUGCAGGACGCCGCUCGACAUGCUCUACAGCAGCUCAUGCAGAGACGCAUCAACUACAUCCAGCUGCGGCUGGACACGGAGAGGGAGACGAUCGAGCUGGUCCACACCAACCCCACGGAGGUCUCCGAGCUGCCCCGCCGGAUACCCACGGACACCCCGCGCUAUCACUUCUUCCUCUACAAGCACCACCAUGAGGGCGACCUGCUGGAGUCCCUGGUCUUUAUCUACUCCAUGCCGGGCUACAGCUGCAGCAUAAAGGAGCGGAUGCUGUACUCGAGCUGUAAGAGUCGGCUUCUGGAGGAGGUGGAGAGGGAUUACCAUCUGGAGAUCACCAAAAAGAUGGAGAUUGACAGUGGCGAGGAGCUGACUGAAGAGUUCCUGUAUGAGGAAGUUCAUCCUAAGCAUCACGCCCUGAAGCAGGCCUUUGCCAAGCCCCGGGGGCCGGCAGGGAAGCGGGGCAACAAGCGUCUCAUCAGGGGACCGGGGGAGAAUGGAGAGGAGAGCUAGAGGGCGGGGCUACAGGCUCGAAAGGAGAGCUAGAGGGCGGGGCUACAGGCUCUGGUUAUACAGACUCCUCUUGUUCCAUUGCCCUCCAUCACUGCUCUUCCUAUUGCUCUCGUGGACACACCCACAAAACACCUCUUCAUUCAGUGGAGCUGAAGCCAAUCAGCGCUCCCUCCUUGUGUUCACCAUCUCCCUUUUUUCGUCCCCCCCCCCCCUUUUCCCUGUAAAUCUCAAGGGCUUUUUAUGAGUAACUGACGUUUUUAAUAAUUAUUUUUACCGUAUUUCCUGCUUGCCUCACCAACGAGCCCAGUGUGUUUUGAACCAUCCACGAUGGUGCUGGAUGAUGUCCUGUGAGCUGCCUGGACUCUAAACCCUGCACUGGCUGAAAUUUUCUUUGCUUUCUAUGAAAUUUACACACGCACACACAAAUUAGCCUUUUAUAUCUUUGUGGGGACUGUCCAUUUAUUACUCUGAGCAUAACCCUAAUCCUAAUUAUGAUUACUCUAAUCCCUACCCAGCCCUAACCUUAACCAUAAGUAACUAAACAGAAUACAAGACUUUGGCUUUUUUAGAUUUUUGUUUGCAUUUACAGUUUUUAAUAAAAUUUCGCCUUAGUCCCCACAAUGUAAUAUAUACAAGACUACACACACUCACACAAAUGUACAGGUGAACACCCCCUCUCUCUCCUGCUUGCUAACAUACCUCCCUGUCACCCAGUCUCUUAUCUUUGACAUGUUCAUGUUGUGUUUGGAGUUAACAUUUCCUCUGUUGUUUUUUUUUGUUAGAAAUUUUUACUACUGUAGUAAAAGUAUGAAAGUGGCACAGGUGCGGUGGGGGAGGAUGUAUGCUUGUGAACAGGAAGGGCAGUGGGACUCACACCAAUAAGGCCAGUGGGGUGAGGGGGUAACGUCAGGCUGCAACCGCAACUCCAGAGUAUCUACUUCGCACAACUUACUCCUGCUCUUCAUGCCAAUCGGUGUCCCUCUCGCCCAUUCAGGCAAAUGGGAUUGUGGCUUUGUGGAUCCACAGACAAUCAUGUUCAACUGGAAGUGUACAUAUCUACUGGAAACAGGGUCUUGCACAGGCAGCUAUAGGGGUCACAAAAACCGGCAGUGCAAUGCCUCACUAAAUCAGUGCCCAAAGGCAGUUCCUUCUGGGUGUUCUUCACCUCAAACAGCACAACCAUCAACCUAUUUGCAAAACAAUCCCCAUUUAUCACUAACUCCAAGUAUGGAGGCAAAAAUUAUAGGGCAAAAUACAGGGCUGGCUGUAAGCCUAAUUCAAUUAACCUAGUUUUCAUUUGUCAUCGCCCUUCCUAUUCUGAAAAGGUGAUUAGAUGGGACGCCCCCUUGUGGGCUCCGGGCCCUAAGCGGCCGCUUCGUUUGCGUAUGCCUUUACCCGGCCCAGGCAAAAUAUAUUCAUUAUUAUAUAUUAAGUUGAUCCCUGACUUCCCUUUGCUUCCACAGUAGCCUGCCCAUAGUUCAUUUAGUAGGCACUCCUAAUCACUGUUUCCUCUUUGCUCUUCCCCGUCGAAUUCAUAUGUAGCCCCUACCCCCGGUUUGUUCCGCCUAAAUCCCAGCCCGCCCUCCCCCCUAGUGCUCCUCGUCGAGCGCGUACCCUCUCGCUCUCUCACGCAACCUUUAUACAUGUUAAAAUGUCUUAUGUUGUUUUGGAUACUUCAGAGCAUAUGAUGAGUUGAAGCCAUUAUAACUGCAAAUUAUGAGCUAAAGAUCUUCGAAAUAAAACAUUUUUUCCGUACACA